AUGCUCAAGCUUGCAACUAUAUUACUCUGCUCCUACAUGUCCCACAUUCAAAAAGGGCGAGGUUAUUCUCGUAAAAGAGACUAUAGUCCUGAUGACGAACCUAUAGACGAUACCUCUGUGAUCAAUUCUGAGUAUCCACAGCCGAACAAUGCCCCGGUUAUUACCCCAGAGCACCAAUCUGAACAAGCAAAUGCCACCAUCGCAAGACAAGACAAUGUCGGUGGACAGCCUACGACUAAGGAACAUAAGGGUUUAGGCAAAGAAAGUGAAGCUGCAACUUCUGUCUCCAACGAUAAUGGGCCAGACAUUGACCAUUUGCGUAAGAAAUCUAGAAGAAACUACAUACACAGCAAAUUUGAAACCGCCCUAGAUGAUCUUCGAAAAGAUGUGGCUCUUCUUGAACUGCGGGAAAAUCGCCUGGCCACGGAAACGAAGGCUUUGAACGAGAAAAAAAGAAUCUUGGAUCUUAUGGUAUCGAAGGAAGAACAACCGGAUGCUGAGUUUGAAAUUCCAGAUGAGUAUUUCACAAGUGGCGGAGCAAUCGAUCAAAAACGGAAAAGGGAGCUACUCAAAAGCAAGUACGUGGAGGUUUCUGAAAAGGAGGAGAAAAAAAAACGAUUUGAAAAUCAAUGGGAAUUAGAUCAACUAAAGAAAGCCCAGACUAUAGUUUCGUCUAAUCCAGAUGAAAUACAGCUUCCAACACAGCCGACAUAUGACUUUGUGUUUGACGAGUCGCAGUUUGUGGACUUUUCAGAGUCUGAACCUACAUCCCACGAACCAGUAGAGCCGACUGACAUUCCUAAAGUGUCUCAUGAGAUUGAAGAGGUGAGAAAAUCCCUACCAGUGUAUCAGCUACGCCAAUCGUUUCUAGAUACUAUAGAGAAAAACCAGGUUUUAAUCGUCGUUGGUGAAACAGGAUCGGGAAAAACUACGCAGCUUCCUCAGUAUCUAUAUGAAGCUGGAUAUACAAAAGCACCAAAUUCAGACAUUCCAUUGAAAAUUGGGUGCACACAGCCCAGAAGAGUCGCUGCAACCUCUGUGGCCACUAGAGUAGCAGAAGAAGUUGGUUGUGUUUUGGGAGAAGAAGUUGGUUACUGCAUUCGUUUCGAUGAUUCAACAUCACAGAAAACAGCCAUCAAAUAUGUCACAGAUGGUAUGCUUCUACGAGAGUUUAUGGCGGACCCAUUACUAUCAACGUACAGUGCAUUAAUGAUUGAUGAGGCUCAUGAACGGACAGUCUCGACAGAAAUCGUUUUGACGUUACUCAAAGACAUCAUCAAAGAAAGGAAAGACCUCAAGCUCAUUGUUGCUUCAGCCACCAUAAAUGCUACAAAAUUUUCAGAGUAUUUUGACGGUGCUCCAAUUUUCAAUAUUCCAGGACGAAGAUUUCCUGUCGAUAUCUGUUAUACGAAAAACCCCGAGGCGAACUACAUCCAGGCGGCCAUAACAACUGUAUUCCAGAUUCAUCUCAAAGAAGAGAUUCCAGGAGACAUAUUGGUUUUUCUCACAGGACAGGAAGAAAUCGAAACCAUGGAGGAAACAUUGAAUGAUGCUUGUCAAAAGCUCGGGGAUCUGAUUAAAAAAAUGAUUGUGGCUCCUAUAUAUGCAAACAUGCCACCAAAGCUACAAAAACGAAUUUUUGAACCCACUCCUCAUGACGCAAGAAAAGUUAUUCUUGCAACUAAUAUUGCCGAAACUUCCAUCACAAUCGAUGGCGUGCGAUACGUUGUUGACCCUGGUUACGUUAAAGAAAAUGUUUUCAAUCCUUCAACAGGUAUGGAGAGCUUAGUUGUUGUACCAUGUUCAAGAGCCUCUGCAGAUCAGAGAGCUGGAAGAGCUGGUCGUGUUGGUCCUGGAAAAUGCUAUAGGCUCUAUACGAAAUGGUCAUUUUAUAAUGAGCUACAAGCCAACCCGACUCCAGAGAUUUUACGAGUCAAUUUGAGCACCAUUGUUCUAUUACUAUUAUCUAUGGGCAUCACAGACUUGGUGCAUUUUGACUUCAUGGACCCACCGAACUCACAAACUUUGAUCAAAUCGUUGGAACUUUUGUAUGCAUUGGGAGCUUUGAACUCUAAAGGUGAACUAACAAAAACUGGAAGACGAAUCGCAGAGUUCCCAAUGGAUCCUAUGUUCGGUAAGUGUUUACUUAGCAGUGAUGAAUUUGGAGUUACAGCCGAGAUUCUUUCAAUAAUGGCAAUGUUAUCAGAAUCUGGUAGUUUGUUCUUCAGGCCAAAAGAUAAGAAAGAACAAGCUGAUAAGAAGAAGGAAACUUUCGCUCAUGAUCUCGGAGACCAUUUUGUAUUGUUGAAUAUAUGGGAACAAUGGUCUGAGUCUGGUUUCUCUAACAUUUGGUGUGAAGAUAACUUUCUUCAAUACAAAACACUUCGAAGAGUCAAAGAUGUUCGCACCCAGCUCGAAAAUCUAUGCCGCAAAAUUGGGCUUGAUGUUGAGCAACGGGAAGAUAUAGAAGAGCAAGAUGUGAAAAUCCAAAAAACUCUUUUGAGUGGGUUUUUUCCUAAUGUUGCUAGACUCUCCAAGUUAGGAACAAAUUAUGUGCUGCUCAAAAAGAACCAAAGUGUAUUUAUUCACCCGUCAUCCAGUUUAUUUCCCGUCAAGCCACCACCAAAGAUAAUCUUGUACCACGAGUUGGUCUUGACAAGUAAAGAAUACAUGAGAAAUUGCAUGAUUGUUGAAGAAAAAUGGAUCCAAGAAAUCGCCAAACACUAUUAUCAGAAAGAGAUCAAGAACAUCUCUGGUCGGCCUUAG